UCAACUGCUGAAAAGAAAAGAGUGUAGAGUUCUGCGUAUUGUCAAAACUCUCUCUCUCUCUCUCUCUCUAACAAAUCCAUGGCAGCUCAAUACCUGAUGGUGUUUCUCUCUCUGAUCUUACUUCUUCUGCCAUCGGCAUUCGGGAUCUCCAAUAGGAAUUCUGAGGGAUAUACUAUUAAUGGCAAAGUUCGAUUUCCAGGAUUUAGUUCAACGGGAUUUGGUCUUCCUGCAAAGGUUUCAAAUAUCAAGAUCAUACUUAAUGGUGGUGAAAAAGUUACCUUUGUGAGACCCGAUGGAUAUUUUUCAUUCCAUAAUGUGCCAGCUGGGACUCAUCUUAUUGAAGUGGCUGCCAUUGGCUAUUUCUUCUCUCCUGUCCGGGUUGAUGUCAGCGCCAGACAUCCUGGUAAGGUCCAGGCAGCUCUAACAGAGAACAGGAGAUCAUUGAGUGAGCUUGUAUUGGAGCCUAUGGUGGAGGAACAGUACUUUGAGAUAAGAGAGCCAUUCAACGUACUCUCCCUUUUGAAAAGUCCAAUGGGUCUGAUGAUUGGAUUUAUGGUUAUCGUCAUGUUUUUGAUGCCCAAACUAGUUGAUCCAGAAGAGUUGAAACGAGCUCAAGAGGAAAUGGGAGCCCAAGGCGGUGUUCCAUCCCUUGCAAACUUCUUAUCUGGAGCACAGAGGACGAACUGAGACAUCUCAACGAACAAAUAUGAAGACGACUCGUGGGCAGAGACAGAUGACACUCAGGCAGAAGACAUUCAAAUUAGAUAUUGUAGGAACUUUUGUUUUUAAUAGAAAGAAAUCUUUGCUACAUGUGAUGUUUUCUCUUGUAACACCUUUUCUUCGACUCAAAUGUUAUGAGUUUGAUUCUGUAAGAAUGCUUUACUUUGUGCAUUUGCUUUUGAUAAUUUAGAUGGAAUUUUUUUCAA